AUGACUAGGCAACAAUCUCUAGGUCCAAGUUUAAAACGACUCUAUUCACUUACAGUAUCGUCUUAUACUGAUCGUUUUUAUUCUCGAUUACAAUUUCUACUUGAUCAAUCAGUUCAUCUAUACCAAUUAACUAUUCCUCAACAUGCAUCGUUACCAUUUCAAUUAUUAUUAUUCAAAAUAACAAAUGUAACAUUUCGUAAACUCCAUUUAGGUUAUUAUUAUUAUUUCAAUGAAGAUGAAUGUAUUACAUUGAGUGAUUCAUUAUUAGAUAUCCAAUGCCAAACACUUUAUAUCUGGGUUAAAAAUCGUGAAGGUAUUAUUAUUCUUGUUAAAAGCAUGAUCAAGGUGAUGGUGUAA